GGUCGAAUUAAAGAUGGCGGAUCACUGGCUCACUGCUAGUCUGUGACUGUCUGUCUAUCUCUAGCGUAGCCAAAAUGUUUUGAAUCAUGGAUAAGAUGUAAGACGUUAAGACUGCAUUCACUGCACAUUCAAAAUGUCUUUACCCUCCCCUUGUGGAGACUUGUGGAAGAAAAGACAGAUGGACAAGCGUGACUGCGUGAAUCGCUUUUGUUCAUUGGUCAUUCAGUCGGUCAUUCCGUGUCAACGUUAACACGGUUUAUGGCGUGAUGGGCAAAGUUUGAUUGGGAAAAAUUGUAUUUUGAAAUCAAGGCAGUCAUCUGACUUCAAGCACCUGCUAGUUGGAAAACCACAAGGAAAGGACUUUAUAAGCGGUUUGAAAGGGUCUAGCCAACGAGACGAGACCACCGACCACAGCCAAGUGCUACAGCACACCGACAGGUUACUUCGGCAUGGAGGCCUGUAAAUAAGAACAUCCAAUGGCUGAAAGACAGAGGUACAGCGGUCAUCGACUACCAACUUUAGUCGAACUUAUUCAAAGUAUUUUGCAGAAGUAUCCAGAUGGAGGGCAAAUUCUGAAGGAACUAAUUCAGAAUGCAGAUGAUGCAGGUGCAACUGAUGUUAGUUUUCUAUUUAAUGAACAAAAUUAUGGAGUGGAGUCUUUGGUAAAUCCUGAGCUUGCUCGCUUCCAAGGCCCAGCUCUUUACUGUCAUAAUAAUGCUGUUUUCAAAGAGGAGGACUGGGAAGGUAUUCGUAAUCUCAUGAGCAGUAACAAAAAAGAAGAUCCAUUGAAAAUUGGCCGUUUUGGCAUUGGGUUUAAUUCAGUUUAUCAUAUAACAGAUCUGCCUGCUAUCGCAAGUGGUGACAAAAUCGCAAUUUUAGACCCACACGAAGAGUAUUUUCGAGAUAGAAAAGGUAGGGGGAGUUCUGUAACCUUCUUCUACCUGGAUGAAAACCCGUUGCACGAAAAGACAAGAGAUCAGUUUAUGCCAUUCCACGAUGUAUUUGGCUGUGACUUAGAAAGCUCGAAGAAUUAUGAAGGCACGCUUUUUCGCUUUCCUCUGCGAAUAACACCGUCUGAAUUAUCGAAUAAAGGCUACACUAAAGAUAAAGUAUUGGACUUGUUUCGUUCGUUACAAGAAGAAGCCUCUGUGGUGCUCCUUUUCCUCAAGAAUAUCUGCAGUAUAAGUUUGUACAAACGUUCAGAGAAUGGCGAAGUAGAAUGCACUUACAGAGUUGAAAUAGCAGAAGACUCCCGAGAUAAAGUUGUAAAAGCACGCCAGGAAUUUUUAGAGAAAGCAAAAAGAAAAUGUGAGAUAUCUGAGUCGAGAUACGUCAUGAACGUUAAAGUGAUGGAAGAUUCAAAUACUCGUGCAUACCGAUGGCUAAUUAUCAAUCAGAUUGGUUCUGGCAUGGAUCGCAUUUCUGAAUUGGCCAUAGCAGAGAAUCUUCCCCCAUGGGUUGGCAUGGCAUUGCCUUUGGACGUUGUAACAAGCAACAUAAACAUUGGAAGAAUUUUUUGUUUUCUUCCUCUGCCUCCUGAUGUUGACUGCGAGACUGGCCUUCCAGUCCAUGUUCACGGUGCGUUCGCCUUGACAGACAAUCGUCGUGGUCUUGUCUGGCCCGGAGCAGAUAACCAAAGUUCUACGGCUGAGUGGAACAAAUUGUUACUUGAGAACGUAGCUGUUGAUGUCUAUUUGAAACUUCUUUGUAUUCUUUUGCAAAAUUCACUAUCCGUUGAGAUGGAUGAAGUUUCCCGAAGUCAAUUGGUGUACUCCACUUUGCCAUGCAAAACAAAAGUAAAAGGACAUUGGAAAGUGAUUUUGGAUCCUCUAUUUCAAAAGUUAUCACAGGAACAUUGGAAAUUUUGUUUUGCACAACAUGUUUCUGGUAACGUAUGGAUUGAGGCGCAAGGUGGUGUUGUUGAUCGUCUGCUUGAUGACAAUAUUCGACGAACAGUGAUAAACGCGUUGCUGGAAUGCUCCGAAACUGUCAUCACCAACGUUCCAGCUCAUGUUUUUCAUAUUCUAGACAACUAUUUCCCUUCAUCGCGUAAUAUCACUCCAGCCUUGCUUCGAUCCGUUUUGAAGAAACAGAACGACAUCAAAGCAUCACGUGAGGACAAAAUUAAAUUGCUGGAAUAUAUCUUAAAAGAUUGUCCCGCAGAUGAUAUCGAAGGAGUUCCGUUGCUUCCUUUAGCAGAUCAGAAUUUCUCCAAAUUCGUGUUAAACAGUUAUGCUAAAACUCCAUCAUCGUCCGUUUUCGUUGCCACUACAGGUUGUCCACGAUCUUUGCUACCAAAUACAGAUCAUCGCUUUCUGAGUGAUGAUAUUCCAGCGAUAGUGAAAGACAAGCUUCAAGCACUGACAACAAAGGAUGCUCAAAGUAAUAAUUUCACACAAUUAAUUAUGUUGAACAAGGAAAUCGUCUUACAAAACCUUCGCUCUUGCUUGCCUAAAGAAUGGCUUUAUAACAUCCAUGAAAUCGUGCAAUGGAGCCCUGGGAGUAAUCGCCAUCCUUCUGAAUGCUGGUUAGAAGAGAUAUGGUCCUGGAUUAAUUUACAUUUUUCCAUGUCGCUUGAGCCUUUUGAAGGCCUUCCACUUAUUCGCUUACCUGCAAAAGACGAUGUUUCAUGUACGAAUCUUGGCAUCUUGUCCAAACACUCCAAGUUUAUUUUUGCUUCUGAUAUUUCUGGUAACUCUCUUCCACCUGUGGUUGUUAAUCUGCUUGAAACAUCUGGUUGUACAGUUGUACACAAUCAAUUUUCCCUCUUGAAGCAUGCAGACAUCAACUCGUAUGUCGCCCCUGGCACUCCAACCGGAGUCAUGGUUGUUCUUAGCCGGGCAUCAUUAGAAAAGGCACAAGAGCAUGUCAAGUUAUGUACUUCAGACGAGCGACUAGAUCUACUAAAGUUUCUUUCCCGCCUCCCGAGCAAUCUGGGCUCUACUUAUCGCGACAUAUUGCUCUGCUUACCAAUAUUUCAAACACUAGACGGCUCCAGUGUCGCUAUUCAAACAGGAAAUCAAACCUUAUCCGUGGUCGAGUCGAGUUUUUCAAUGCCACCAGAUUUCCAGUUUCGUAAGGGCAACCAAAUAAUCUCAUCUACAGAUACAACAUGCCAGCAAAUAUUUCAUCUAUUGGGUGUCAAGGCUCUGAAAUCCGGAGAAAUACUUGUUAAAUUUCUCUUUCCCGAUAUCAAAGCACAGAAUGUUUACAACGUUGACGAGACAGCAAGUAUAAUGCUUUGGAUAAUAGAAAGGGCGGUGAACUUUAAAUCGCAUAUUGAUAGUUUCAUUGAGGAAAUGAAGUAUUUACCAUUUGUACCAACAAAUGAAGGUCAACUUUUUGAACCUAAUGCACUUUAUGAUCCCAGUGAUGCUAUGCUCAUGGAUUUAUUUCAUGGCGAGCCAAACAAAUUUCCAAGACAUGACUAUUGCGAAUCACAUGUGAUAUCAAUGUUGAAAAGUCAGAUGGGUUUACGUACAAGAGAUGAGAUAACAGCGAAUGAAUUGUUUGAAGUUGCUACAAGCAUUAGUACGUCAUCGACAUUGUCAGCAAAAUGUAAACAUCAAGGUUUAGUAAAGAUUCUUAACGAUUUCCCUGAAUACCUUAAUCAAAAUGUUAACCCGGGCGUUGCAUUGAAAUCUGAAUUGCGCCGUGUAAAGUGGUUGCCACGUGCGAUAACUUCUCAAUUGGUCUGUCCUCGCUUUCCGAAAUUCAUGCCAUGGUAUACUUGUGAUUCUCAGCAUUUCGCUCCACAUGAGCUUUGUGAUAAAUCUCAUGCUUUAGUUGUUGGUUCAACUAUGCCAAUCCUUGAAAUUGACCUAAGUGAAAAGGUGCGAGAAGAACUUGGUUUAACGUCUGAUCCCCCUGUGGAGUAUGUUGUAUCCCAGCAUAAAUUGGCAAUCCAGGCAUGGCCCAAUCUGAAUGAAAGAAAGGCUUGUGCCUUGUUCAUGGAAAUGGUUGUUGCUAUUUACACACACCUUGCACGCUUUCCAAAGGAAACAGUCAUCUACCAAUUGAAAAAUGCAUUCGUGCAAGAGUGGAUCUGGCAUGGAAAUGGAUUUUGCUCUCCUUCACAAAUAGCUUUGGAAAUGGAUUUUCCGCUAGACCUUAGCCCUCAAUUAUUCAUUUUACCAGAAGAACUAAAAGACGACGUGAAACUAAAGCAAUUCUUUCUUGAAAAUGGCGUCAGUGCAAAAUUCUUUCAAGAAGAUGUAAUUUCAGUUCUUCCUGCUUUAAAGCAAAAACACGAGAACUCCAAUCUUCUUGAAGAUGAUGUUGAAAAAGAUUUAAAGCUAUGUCGCUCCAUCCUGGAAUGGCUGAGCAAAAGUAGCGAAAGUUUGUCUGAAAGCAUGAAAGAGAACUUGUUAUUUCCAGUUGAAAGUGAAGAAAAUACUUUGGUUCUUAAACAUUACAAAGAUUGUGCUUACUGCGAUGUUGAUUGGCUACGCCGUGGUGAAUCAGAGCUAAGUAUGCCUAAUGACGAACACCCGUUGAUCCAUAAUUCAGUACCAACAAAGAUUGCAAUGACCCUGGGCGUCCCGACGUUAAGCUCCUGUUUGUUGUCAGCCGAAACAUUGGGUUUUGAACAAACUGGUCCGAGUGAGCCAAUCACCACACGAAUUCACAACAUUCUGGAGGAAUACAAGGAAGGAGUUGGAGUUUUCAAAGAAUUGAUUCAAAACGCCGACGACGCUGGAGCCAGUAAAGUUCGUUUUCUUGUCGACUGGAGAAUUGGUCCGAAAGAUAGGUUGUUAGCAACUGGCAUGUCCGAAUGCCAAGGCCCUGCAUUAUGGUCUUAUAACGAUGGACUAUUUAGUGAUAAUGACUUUGAAAACAUCAACAAACUUGCUGGAGCAACAAAGAAGGAGGAUAUUUCAACUAUUGGAAGAUUUGGUCUUGGUUUUAAUGCGGUCUAUCACCUUACAGACGUCCCGAGCUUCGUAAGUAGAGAAUACUUUGUUAUGUUUGAUCCAAACUGUCAUCAUUUACAACAUCUGAUCAGAGAUGCAUCGCGCCCAGGAAUACGCAUCAACCUGGUUAAAAAUCCAAAACCUCUGAAAGCAUUUGGAGACCAGUUCCAACCAUAUCGUGGUAUAUUUGAUUGCAACAUGGACAACAACGCACAGGAAUCCUUUCAUUAUAAUGGAACAUUAUUUCGGUUUCCAUUCCGAACAUUAGUGCAAGCUGGAAAAAGUGAAAUCUCCCAAACUAUUUAUAACAAGGAGAAAGUUAAAGAAAUUGUUGAUUCGCUUAGAGAAAGUGCUUCGUUGCUAUUGGUCUACACCGAGCACGUGACUGAGGUAGAGCUAUUCGAGUUGCAUCAAAACCAAACCCCAGAACAGAUGCAGUCUAUUUUGUCCGUGAAGAAGAGCAUUGGAAGUGUGGUGGACGGUAUACCGUUUAUCAAGACAUGUUCAGAAUGGUGGAAAAACAAAAUGCACGAUGAAACUACCGCAAACAAAUGCCCUGCUAAAUCACAGCACAUUACAAUCGAUUUAGUAGAGUCAACCGUUUCUUCAUCAGGUGAGAUACAGCAAGCAGAAUCACAAGAAUCAUGGCUUAUCUCUUCGUGCAUGGGAAUCGAAUCAUCUUCCGAACUGGCACUCACGUCCGAAGGACGAGAAAAAGGUCUGAUGCCGUUUGCUGAAACUGCAGCAAAAGUAAAUCGUUGUUCCAGUACAGAAAUAGAAACUCCUGAAGAGGUAACAGGAGAAGCAUUUUGUUUUCUACCACUGUCCAUUCAAACUGGGCUACCUGUGCAUAUUAACGGUUAUUUUGCUAUUAUGUCUAAUCGACGUGGAAUAUGGGAACGUGGCACAACAGAACACGAUCAGCCAUUUGAAGGUGAAUGGAAUGCCAACUUACUGAGUGAUGCCAUCGCUUGUUCGUAUAUUCAACUGUUGGACGAAAUUAAGGAUAAACUUUCUGCGGAUACUGCUAACAAACUUCAAGCCAUGUUGCCCUGUUUCGAGAAUUUGCACUCAACUACUUGGGAACCGUUGGUAAAGAGUAUUUACAACAAAAUAAUGAACGAAUCAUUAGCUUUCUUUUGGUGCAAUGGGAAGUGGAUUAAUAUCCACACUGGCUACAUUCUUGAGAAGGACUUGCGUAACGCUCCCGGAGUGAUUUCAACUAUGAAUUCGUUGGAAAAGAAUGUUCUCGAUUUAUCAGAAGACGUUUGUCGAUCGUUUAAAAAAUCCGGCCACGAAGCAAUCAUUCACAGUAGAACAUUAACCCUCGAGCUAUUUUUCAAAGAAAUGUUCUUUCCAAACAUCUCUACAAUAAAACCCGAAUUACGAGAACCACUUGUUCUCUUUGGUUUGGAUUGUAUACUCAAAGGACAUGACGAAUUAGAACAAUUAUUUAAAGACAACAAAUCAGUUUUAGAUGUCGACGGGCAACUGAAAAAACCAGCAGAUCUUUUCGAUCCCAGCGAGCCUCACUUAAAAGAAUUGUUUUCCUCAGAACCAGGAAAAUUUCCCUGUGAAUAUUUUACCAAUGAUCCUUUGUUUCUUCCUGUCUUGAGGAAACUGGGCAUGCGUGGCAAUGAUAUGAUAAUGCCCGAUGAAUUGCUGAAUGUUGCUAAGUCCAUUUCAUUUUCUGAGUAUUCAGAUCCGUCAAUUCAAAAGAGUCGAGCGUUACUGAAUAUCCUUCAAUUCAAGCAAGAAUAUCUCUCACAAUUUAUUAACGGAUCAAGUACACUUAAACAGGAAUUGCGAAGCAUAAAAUGGCUUCCACGCGUGCGAUCACCACCCGACAGUUACCGAUACCCAGCGAGAAUGCCUUGGUUUGAUGGAAAUGACGCUUUCUUUUCACCCGCUGAACUUCGCAGUAAAUCCGAAGCUCUUUUGAUUGGCUCUGUUAUGCCUGUCGUUGACGUGAUUCCAGAAAGUUUCCUUGUGGAGUUGGGUAUCGUUUCAGAGCUUCCGCCAAAAAAUGUGAUUGAACAACUUUCUAAAGCUGUCGAGAUAUCGAGCACUGAUCCUCAGAUGAAUCCCACAACACAAUUUCAAGACAUGAUUUUAGCUAUUUAUCAACAUCUCACACAAAUCAGCCAGGAUACUCUUUCCGAACUACUAGAAGAGGCUAAACUUGAAUGCUGGAUCUGGAAUGAUACUGGAUUUUCCCCGCCAUUUCAAAUGGCUUUGGAUGUGAACUUUCCAAUGGACUUACGGCCGCAACUAUUCAGGUUACCAGUCUAUUUCACAAACGAUGUGAAACUAAAUCAGUUCUUUCUUCAAAAUGGCGUGCAUAAAAAUUUCUCUGAAGAAGACAUUGUUUCAAUACUUCCUCGUUUAAAGCAAAAACACGAGAACUCCAAUCUUCUUGAAGAUGAUGUUGAAAAAGAUUUAAAGCUAUGUCGUUCCAUCCUGGAAUGGCUGGGCAAAAGUAGCGAAAGUUUGUCUGAAAGCAUGAAAGAGAACUUGUUAUUCCCAGUUGAAAGUGAAGAAAAUACUUUGGUCCUUAAACAUUACAAAGAUUGUGCUUACUGCGAUGUUGAUUGGCUACGCCGUGGUCAAUCAGAACUAAGUAUGCCUAAUGACGAACACCCGUUGAUCCAUAAUUCAGUACCAACAAAGAUUGCAAUGACCCUGGGCGUACCGACGUUGAGCUCCUGUUUGUUGUCAGCCGAAACAUUGGGUUUUGAACAAACUGGUCCGAGUGAGCCAAUCACCACACGAAUUCACAACAUUCUGGAAGAAUACAAGGAAGGAGUUGGAGUUUUCAAAGAAUUGAUUCAAAACGCCGACGACGCUGGAGCUAGUAAAGUUCGUUUUCUUGUCGACUGGAGAAUUGGUCCGAAAGAAAGGCUGCUAGCAACUGGCAUGUCCGAAUGCCAAGGCCCUGCAUUAUGGUCUUAUAACGAUGGACUAUUUAGUGAUAAUGACUUUGAAAACAUCAACAAACUUGCUGGAGCAACAAAGAAGGAAGAUAUUUCAACUAUUGGAAGAUUUGGUCUUGGUUUUAAUGCGGUCUAUCACCUUACAGACGUCCCGAGCUUCGUAAGUAGAGAAUACUUUGUUAUGUUUGAUCCAAACUGUCAUCAUUUACAACAUCUGAUCAGAGAUGCCUCGCGCCCAGGAAUACGCAUCAACCUGGUUAAAAAUCCAAAACCUCUGAAAGCAUUUGGAGACCAGUUCCAACCAUAUCGUGGUAUAUUUGAUUGCAACAUGGACAACAACGCACAGGAAUCCUUUCAUUAUAAUGGAACAUUAUUUCGGUUUCCGUUCCGAACAUUAGUGCAAGCUGGAAAAAGUGAAAUCUCCCAAACUAUUUAUAACAAGGAGAAAGUUAAAGAAAUUGUUGAUUCGCUUAAAGAGAGUGCUUCGUUGCUAUUGGUCUACACCGAGCACGUGACUGAAGUAGAGUUAUUCGAGUUGCAUCACAACCAAACCCCAGAACAGAUGCAGUCCAUUUUGUCCGUGAAGAAGAGCAUUGGAAGUGUGGUGGACGGUAUACCGUUUAUCAAGACAUGUUCAGAAUGGUGGAAAAACAAAAUGCACGAUGAAACUACCGCAAACAAAUGCCCUGCUAAAUCACAGCACAUUACAAUCGAUUUAGUAGAGUCAACCGUUUCUUCAUCAGGUGAGAUACAGCAAGCAGAAUCACAAGAAUCAUGGCUUAUCUCUUCGUGCAUGGGAAUCGAAUCAUCUUCCGAACUGGCUCUCACGUCCGAAGGACGAGAAAAAGGUCUGAUGCCGUUUGCUGAAACUGCAGCAAAAGUAAAUCGUUGUUCCAGUACAGAAAUAGAAACUCCUGAAGAGGUAACAGGAGAAGCAUUUUGUUUUCUACCACUGUCCAUUCAAACUGGGCUACCUGUGCAUAUUAACGGUUAUUUUGCUAUUAUGUCCAAUCGACGUGGAAUAUGGGAACGUGGCACAACAGAACACGAUCAACCGUUUGAAGGUGAAUGGAAUGCCAACUUACUGAGUGAUGCCAUCGCUUGUUCGUAUAUUCAACUGUUGGAGGAAAUUAAGGAUAAACUUUCUGCGGAUACUGCUAACAAACUUCAAGCCAUGUUGCCCUGUUACGAGAAUUUGCACUCAAGUACUUGGGAACCGUUGGUAAAGAGUAUUUACAACAAAAUAAUGAACGAAUCAUUAGCUUUCUUUUGGUGCAAUGGGAAGUGGAUUAAUAUCCACACUGGCUACAUUCUUGAGAAGGACUUGCGUAACGCUCCCGGAGUGAUUUCAACUAUGAAUUCGUUGGAAAAGAAUGUUCUCGAUUUAUCAGAAGACGUUUGUCGAUCGUUUAAGAAAUCCGGCCACGAAGCAAUCAUCCACAGUAGAACAUUAACCCUCGAGCUAUUUUUCAAAGAAAUGUUCUUUCCAAACAUCUUUACAAUAAAACCCGAAUUACGAGAACCACUUGUUCUCUUUGGUUUGGAUUGUAUACUCAAAGGACAUAACGAAUUAGAACAAUUAUUUAAAGACAACAAAUCAAUUUUAGAUGUCGACGGGCAACUGAAAAAACCAGCAGAUCUUUUCGAUCCCACAGAGCCUCACUUAAAAGAAUUGUUUCUCUCAGAACCAGGAAAAUUUCCCUGUGAAUAUUUUACCAAUGAUCCUUUGUUUCUUCCUGUCUUGAGGAAACUGGGCAUGCGUGGCAAUGAUAUGAUAAUGCCCGAUGAAUUGCUGAAUGUUGCUAAGUCCAUUUCAUUUUCUGAGUAUUCAGAUCCGUCAAUUCAAAAGAGUCGAGCGUUACUGAAUAUCCUUCAAUUCAAGCAAGAAUAUCUCUCACAAUCUGUUAACGGAUCAAGUACACUUAAACAGGAAUUGCGAAGCAUAAAAUGGCUUCCACGCGCGCGAUCACCACCCGACAGUUACCGAUACCCAGCGAGAAUGCCUUGGUUUGAUGGAAAUGACGCUUUCUUUUCACCCGCUGAACUUCGCAGUAAAUCCGAAGCUCUUUUGAUUGGCUCUGUUAUGCCUGUCGUUGACGUAAUUCCAGAAAGUUUCCUUGUGGAGUUGGGUAUCGUUUCAGAGCUUCCGCCAAAAAAUGUGAUUGAACAACUUUCUAAAGCUGUCGAGAUAUCGAGCACUGAUCCUCAGAUGAAUCCCACAACACAAUUUCAAGACAUGAUUUUAGCUAUUUAUCAACAUCUCGCCCAAAUCAGCCAGGAUACUCUUUCCAAACUACUAGAAGAGGCUAAACUUGAAUGCUGGAUCUGGAAUGAUACUGGAUUUUCCCCGCCAUCUCAAAUGGCUUUGGAUGUAAACUUUCCAAUGGACUUACGGCCGCAACUAUUCAGGUUACCAGUCUAUUUCACAAACGAUUUGAAACUAAAUCAGUUCUUUCUUGAAAAUGGCGUGCAUAAAAAUUUCUCUGAAGAAGACAUUGUUUCAAUACUUCCUCGUUUAAAGCAAAAACACGAGAACUCCAAUCUUCUUGAAGAUGAUGUUGAAAAAGAUUUAAAGCUAUGUCGUUCCAUCCUGGAAUGGCUGGGCAAAAGUAGCGAAAGUUUGUCUGAAAGCAUGAAAGAGAACUUGUUAUUUCCAGUUGAAAGUGAAGAAAAUACUUUGGUUCUUAAACAUUACAAAGAUUGUGCUUACUGCGAUGUUGAUUGGCUACGCCGUGGUGAAUCAGAACUAAGUAUGCCUAAUGACGAACACCCGUUGAUCCAUAAUUCAGUACCAACAAAGAUUGCAAUGACCCUGGGCGUCCCGACGUUAAGCUCCUGUUUGUUGUCAGCCGAAACAUUGGGUUUUGAACAAACUGGUCCGAGUGAGCCAAUCACCACACGAAUUCACAACAUUCUGGAGGAAUACAAGGAAGGAGUUGGAGUUUUCAAAGAAUUGAUUCAAAACGCCGACGACGCUGGAGCUAGUAAAGUUCGUUUUCUUGUCGACUGGAGAAUUGGUCCGAAAGAAAGGCUGCUAGCAACUGGCAUGUCCGAAUGCCAAGGCCCUGCAUUAUGGUCUUAUAACGAUGGACUAUUUAGUGAUAAUGACUUUGAAAACAUCAACAAACUUGCUGGAGCAACAAAGAAGGAAGAUAUUUCAACUAUUGGAAGAUUUGGUCUUGGUUUUAAUGCGGUCUAUCACCUUACAGACGUCCCGAGCUUCGUAAGUAGGGAAUACUUUGUUAUGUUUGAUCCAAACUGUCAUCAUUUACAACAUCUGAUCAGAGAUGCCUCGCGCCCAGGAAUACGCAUCAACCUGGUUAAAAAUCCAAAACCUCUGAAAGCAUUUGGAGACCAGUUCCAACCAUAUCGUGGUAUAUUUGAUUGCAACAUGGACAGCAACGCACAGGAAUCCUUUCAUUAUAAUGGAACAUUAUUUCGGUUUCCGUUCCGAACAUUAGUGCAAGCUGGAAAAAGUGAAAUCUCCCAAACUAUUUAUAACAAGGAGAAAGUUAAAGAAAUUGUUGAUUCGCUUAAAGAGAGUGCUUCGUUGCUAUUGGUCUACACCGAGCACGUGACUGAAGUAGAGUUAUUCGAGUUGCAUCACAACCAAACCCCAGAACAGAUGCAGUCCAUUUUGUCCGUGAAGAAGACCAUUGGAAGUGUGGUGGACGGUAUACCGUUUAUCAAGACAUGUUCAGAAUGGUGGAAAAACAAAAUGCACGAUGAAACUACCGCAAACAAAUGCCCUGCUAAAUCACAGCACAUUACAAUCGAUUUAGUAGAGUCAACCGUUUCUUCAUCAGGUGAGAUACAGCAAGCAGAAUCACAAGAAUCAUGGCUUAUCUCUUCGUGCAUGGGAAUCGAAUCAUCUUCCGAACUGGCACUCACGUCCGAAGGACGAGAAAAAGGUCUGAUGCCGUUUGCUGAAACUGCAGCAAAAGUAAAUCGUUGUUCCAGUACAGAAAUAGAAAUUCCUGAAGAGGUAACAGGAGAAGCAUUUUGUUUUCUACCACUGUCCAUUCAAACUGGGCUACCUGUGCAUAUUAACGGUUAUUUUGCUAUUAUGUCUAAUCGACGUGGAAUAUGGGAACGUGGCACAACAGAACACGAUCAACCGUUUGAAGGUGAAUGGAAUGCCAACUUACUGAGUGAUGCCAUCGCUUGUUCGUAUAUUCAACUGUUGGACGAAAUUAAGGAUAAACUUUCUGCGGAUACUGCUAACAAACUUCAAGCCAUGUUGCCCUGUUUCGAGAAUUUGCACUCAACUACUUGGGAACCGUUGGUAAAGAGUAUUUACAACAAAAUAAUAAACGAAUCAUUAGCUUUCUUUUGGUGCAAUGGGAAGUGGAUUAAUAUCCACACUGGCUACAUUCUUGAGAAGGACUUGCGUAACGCUCCCGGAGUGAUUUCAACUAUGAAUUCGUUGGAAAAAAAUGUUCUCGAUUUAUCAGAAGACGUUUGUCGAUCGUUUAAAAAAUCCGGCCACGAAGCAAUCAUUCACAGUAGAACAUUAACCCUCGAGCUAUUUUUCAAAGAAAUGUUCUUUCCAAACAUCUCUACAAUAAAACCCGAAUUACGAGAACCACUUGUUCUCUUUGGUUUGGAUUGUAUACUCAAAGGACAUGACGAAUUAGAACAAUUAUUUAAAGACAACAAAUCAAUUUUAGACGUCGACGGGCAACUGAAAAAACCAGCAGAUCUUUUCGAUCCCAGCGAGCCUCACUUAAAAGAAUUGUUUUUCUCAGAACCAGGAAAAUUUCCCUGUGAAUAUUUUACCAAUGAUCCUUUGUUUCUUCCUGUCUUGAGGAAACUGGGCAUGCGUAGCAAAGAUAUGAUAAUGCCCGAUGAAUUGCUGAAUGUUGCUAAGUUCAUUUCAUUUUCUGAGUAUUCAGAUCCGUCAAUUCAAAAGAGUCGAGCGUUACUGAAUAUCCUUCAAUUCAAGCAAGAAUAUCUCUCACAAUUUAUUAACGGAUCAAGUACACUUAAACAAGAAUUGCGAAGCAUAAAAUGGCUUCCACGCGUGCGAUCACCACCCGACAGUUACCGAUACCCAGCGAGAAUGCCUUGGUUUGAUGGAAAUGACGCUUUCUUUUCACCCGCUGAACUUCGCAGUAAAUCCCAAGCUCUUUUGAUUGGCUCUGUUAUGCCUGUCGUAGACGUGAUUCCAGAAAGUUUCCUUGUGGAGCUGGGUAUCGUUUCAGAGCUUCCGCCAAAUAAUGUGAUUGAACAACUUUCCAAAGCUGUCGAGAUAUGGAGCACUGAUCCUCAGAUGAAUCCCACAACACAAUUUCAAGACAUGAUUUUAGCUAUUUAUCAACAUCUCGCACAAAUCAGCCAGGAUAUUCUUUCCGAACUGUUAGAGCAGGCUAAACUUGAACGCUGGAUCUGGAAUGGUACUGGAUUUUCUUCUCCCACACGAGUGGCACUAACGAAUAACUUUUUGAUAAAUCUAAGUCCUCAUCUGUUCUUUUUGCCAAGCGAUUUUCAACAAAAUGAGGCACUCAGAGAAUUCUUUGUCAGAAACGAAGUGCGAUUAGAGUUCUCUAAAGAAGACAUCAUUUCAGUUUUAUCUUGCGUAAAGGAAAAACACGAAAGUUGUUUACUCAAAACGUCUGACGAAAUUAAACGUGACAUCGAAUUAUGUCGUUUUAUAGUGGAAUGGCUGGUGCAAAAUGACGAAGAGUUAUCCGUUGACUUGCAAGAGAAAGUUUUAGUUCCCAUCCAGACUAGCGGGGAAUCCUUACUGCUGAAGCCGUGCCAAGAUUGUACAUACUGUGACCAUGAAUGGUUGCGUCAAGGCCGGUCGGAUCUUGAUAUUCCGGAAGAUUUCCACCUGAUUGACGAAUCAAUUUCCGGAAAAAUAGCAGGACUGUUAGGUGUGAAACCGUUAAGUACUUGUUUGAUGUCAAGCGAGGAGCUCGGUUUUGAACAAACUGGUCCGUAUGAGCCGUUGACAACAAGAUUAAAUAAUAUUAUUUCCGAAUACAAAGAAGGUGUUGGUGUUUUCAAAGAGUUGGUCCAAAAUGCUGAUGAUGCAGGUGCAACGAAGGUCUUCUUUUUGAUUGACUGGCGAGAAGGACCAAACAAAAGUCUUUUCACACCUUCUAUGGCUGAAUGCCAAGGUCCUGCACUUUGGGCUUACAACGAUGGUGUUUUUAGCGACGAAGAUUUCAAAAAUAUCAAUAAAUUAGCUGGAGCAACAAAAAGAGAAGACCUAGAGAAGAUAGGACGCUUUGGGCUGGGUUUCAAUGCAAUUUAUCAUCUCACAGACGUGCCAAGCUUUUUAAGCAGACAAUAUCUUGUAAUUUUUGAUCCAAAUAUUCAGCAUUUAAUUGGAAAAAUAACCGAGACGCGACCUGGACUUCGUGUCGACCUUGCAAAGAAUGCAAGACCACUGACAGCAUUUGUUGACCAGUUUCAGCCGUAUCAUAAUGUUUUUCAAUGCAAUACUAGUCCAAAAGGGGAAGAGAAGUUUCACUUCAACGGAACAUUAUUUCGUUUUCCAUUUCGAACCAUGUUGCAAGCAAGCAGAAGUAAAAUAAGUCAAGAAGUUUACGAUUCCCAGAAGGUGCAAGCCUUGCUGAAAAGUCUGAAAGAAAGUCUGUCAGUGCUUAUGUUAUUCACACAACGGGUGAACGAAGUUGCGGUGUACGAGCUUGGAAAGAACGAGGAUCCUCAGACGAUGCGUUUGAUGUUUUCGGCCAAGAAAAAUAUACUGUCUGUAAAUCUGGAGCUCCCAAACAUUCAUCAAGGUCAACCAGAAAAGAAACCUGAUGUUCCUAAGUUGUCUUUUCUAAAAGAAUGUUCUGAUUGGUGGAAAGUAAAGCUGUCGAAAGGUACUGUUGUGCCUAGUCCUUCUCGAUCUGAAAUCAUAUCCAUGGAAGUUCGCUAUCAAGAAGACGUAUCUCUUCAAAGGGAAAAGUGGCUUGUCACCUCCUGUAUGGGAAACGAUUCAUCUUUACAACUGGCACUGGAGGAAGGUAAAGAACAUGGUUUACUUCCUUGUGCGGGGACCGCAGCCAAACUGUCUUCAAACGACAACAGUGGAAUCCCAGAAGCAAUCGUUGGAGAAGCAUUUUGUUUCCUUCCUCUUUCUAUAACGACAGGACUCCCAGUUCAUAUAAAUACCCCUUUUGCUGUUAUGUCUAAUCGACGCAGCAUCUGGGAACGAAGUAGUUCAACUGAGAAGCAAGAUUUAGAGGUGCGUUGGAAUGAGUGUCUCAUGAGCGAUGCAGUCUGUAAUGCUUAUAUACAGCUUUUAGAAACCUUGAAAGCUUUGUGUGAAAAUGGAACUUUAGAUCACUAUCCAUUUCAUAUACUUUGGCCAUCAUACAAGAACUUGGAAUCUAACACUUGGAAAACAAUCGCAAAUAACGUUUACUCAAAGUUAUUAGGACACUUGUUACCACUUUUACGAAGUAAUGGUAAGUGGUUGAGCAUUGACAGCGGAUACAUAUUGGCUGAUGACUUGCGCACUGCACCCAAAAUCACUGAGGCAAUGCAAUCUUUGAAUGAAAAUGUGUUUGAGCUUCCUAAAGAUAUUUGUGAAACAUUGAAGGAAUGUGGACAAGCAGAAACGUUGCAAAAUCGCACUCUGAACCUGAAAGGUUUCAUUACCGAGUUUUUCUUCCCAAAUAUAAACGAAUUGUCUCACGAGAUAAGAGGCCCGUUGGUAGUGUUUGGUCUUGAUUGUAUAUUUGCUAAACUGGAGGGAUUAGAAUCGUUAUUCAAGGAAACUUCCUGUAUCCCAUGUUCAGAAGAUAGACAAAUUUUAGAAAAACCAUCAAACUUGAUUAAUCCUCGUGGAGCUGCUGCCGAGCUGUUUGAGAUUGAGGACAACCGAUUUCCUGUGGGGGAUGAGUUUUUAACAAAAGAUCGAAUUUAUGUGCUUGAAGAAAAACUGGACAUGAAAAGAGAUCUGUUGUCAAGGGAAGAGAUUUACGACCGAGCGAGGUCGGUUGAAAACUUGGGAGAAGCGAACUACGAGAAAGCACUACGUCGAUCUCGCACGUUGAUCAAGUAUCUAAACAAAUACAUCAAGAAAUUGCCUAGUUUGAAUGAUGACGAAAUUGAUAUUCAAGAGAUCAAAUUUUUGCCAUUCAUCUGGAAACCCCCGAGUGAAUAUACAAAGGGCUUACCUUGGAAAGGCCUGGAACCGAAGAAGGAACAAUUUUGUGCUGCUAAAGAACUUUUUCUACCACGGCAUAUGGAUAUUGUCGGUUCCUGCUGUUUGAUUUUAAGUACACAUGAAGAAUUGGGAUGCGGGAAACCUGAGACGGACGUGAAAGAUGUUCUUGGAAUACAUCAUCGAGAUCCAAGCCAUGAACAAGUUCUCCAACAGUUAGAUAAUAUCGUUCAGGUCUGGUCAAAGUUUAAUAACGAAGACAAAAUAAAUAACAAGUUAAAAGUGUUGCAAAUAUGCCAGUGUGUAUAUCAAUAUCUAGAGAAGUACUUCGCUAAACUAGUGAAAACAGAGCAUAAAAAAACGGACGUGGUUGAAAAAACGAGUGAUGUUAAGGAGAAUCUUCUGAAGGAGUUGGCUGGAAGAAAGUGGAUUUUUAUAGAAGACACGUUUGUUUCUAGUAAACAAGUUGCUUGUGACUUCUCUAAAAGUGGCGCCCCAUAUCUGUAUUGCCUGCCACCAAUGUUUAAUACUGAGUACGAAAACCUUUUUCAAAUGACAAAUGUAAAGAGAAAUUUCGAUUCCAACGAUUUCCUUGACGCCAUCAAAUUGAUAGAACAAACAAAAAGACUCACCCCCCUGACAGAAAGGGAGUUAGAAGUUGUGGUGACGUUUAUAAACGAAUUAAAGAAUGCUGACAUAGAGUUUCUUAAAGACAACGUUGGCCAGUUUUACCUCCCAGAUCACUCAAAUGUUCUUUACCCGGCCGACGAGCUCACAAUCAAUAGCACGCCAUGGCUCGUGGAUCGUGGUGAUUCACAUAGUGUCCACAAAGACAUCACACCUGAUUUAGCUCAUAAACUAGGAGCGGGGUCUCUCAUACAAAAGCGUCUUGGAAAAUACGUAAAGACAAUGGGAACUCCAUUUGGGCAAAGCGAAAAGCUAACAGUCAGACUGAAAAACAUCCUAAAUUCAUAUCCUUGCGAUUCUGGAAUACUUAAAGAAUUGGUUCAAAACGCUGACGAUGCUAAAGCUACCGAAAUUCAUUUUAUUUACGACAAACGCCGUUUGCCAUGCGAACAAGUCUUUCAAAAUAAUGCUAAAGAGAUCCAAGGACCAGCUCUUUGUGUUUACAACAACCGGACAUUUAGCAAUGACGACUUAGAAGGAAUUCAGAAAUUGGGAAUUGGAAGCAAGAGCGAGGAUGCUGAAAAAACUGGUCGAUUUGGCAUUGGGUUUAACGCCGUUUACCAUCUGACAGACUGUCCAAGUUUCAUAACUAACGGCGAGACCCUUUGCAUGCUAGACCCACGCUGCCGCUAUGCACCUGGUGCAACUAACGAAUACCCAGGAGUAAGAUUCGAUGCGAUAGAUAAAGAAUUUAAAGAAGACUUCUCGGACGUGAUGAAAGGUUAUCUCGAAGAAUUUGAGUUCGAUCAUAAAGGCUCAACAAUGUUUCGAUUGCCGCUUAGAAGUGCAGAGAUGGCGAAAAAAUCCUCGAUUUCAAAUAAAGAGGGCGUGUAUAGGACAGAUUCCCUUCUCGAUGAUUUCAAGGGAGAAGCUAAAAGAUCCAUGUUGUUCCUAAAUCACAUUAGAAAGAUUUCAUUCUCAAGAAUUGAAGACAGCGGAAAACUAGUGAAAGUGUACGACGUGAUGACAAGUGUGGAUAAAGAAGAAACAAAAAAGCUGGAAACAUUAUUCGCUUACAAGAAAGAAAGCAAAAUUGUACCAACCAAAGAUAUUCCUUGGCAAGGAGUUACGUUUUCCCUCGUUCUUAGUGACAAAAACGGAUACGUCGAACAUUGGCUUGUCCAUCAGUGUUUUGGAGUGAAUGCUGACAGUGACAACGAAGAAAUUUCAGACGUGACACCUCACAAAUUAAAACCUCACGGUGGGUUAGCUGCUCUUGUUCAAUCAAAUCAGCGGCCAAGUGCAUCAAAUAUAGAACCGCGUCACUUCGCUUAUUGCUUCUUGCCUUUGCCUGUUCGAAUACCUUUACCAGUUCAUGUGAAUGGUCAUUUUGCGAUCGAUUCUGGAAGACGAGAUUUAUGGAAAGAUGCCGACUCAACGGAUCCUCAAGCACUAUGGAACACUAUGAUUAAAAGAAACGUUCUAGCGCCGGGUUAUGCUUGUCUCCUCGAAGAAGCUCGGAAGUACAUACCUUAUUGUGAACGUGAAACUGAGGACAAGACGUCCUGGUUUUUUCCUGGUAAAUUAUCCGCUCAAGUCGGUCUGGCUUGGUACAAUAAACUCUUUCCUACCGUUGGGGAAGACUCCUGGGGAGCUCUAACUGCAUCGGUUUACAAAUUUCUGGCAAACACAAAAAAACCAGUGUUCCCAGUCGUGGUUCCAGAUCAAACAAAAUCAGAGGAGCGACCAGAAGAUGUGCCUCGGCGAAUACGGGGAUGGUUUUCGGUGCAAAAUGUUUUCUUUGUGGACAGAUGCAAGAGUUCUAAUAUUUCCGAGGAUCUUAUGAAAAUACUUCUUGAAAUUCGACUGCCAAUUGCAGAGCACUCGUCUAUUACAGUACCACAAGGAUUUGAAAAGGCAGCAAUUUGUCCCCCGCGGUUUGUGACGCCUGAAAGCGUAGUGUUAGCUCUUCGUAAUUUCUCCAACAAAAACAGCGAGUGUGAAGUCGGAGUGCUUCCAUGUGACAUAGAAAUGACAACGAUAAGCAACGAAAAAAAUCUGAAAACUCUCAUUGAUUAUUGCAAACGAGUAAAGAAUUUUUCGCAAUAUUUGUCAGGUUUGCCAUUGCUCCUAACAGCUGAUAGUGUUUUAAAGGUAUUCUCGGAAGAAGAGAAAGUUUACUGCUCCGAAUUCAGUGAUCUUUUUCCUAGACGACUCAGCUUGUUUGUCCAUCCCAAUAUCGUGUCGUGCCUCUUACCCGUUAUGCGAAAGGAUAUUUAUGAAUAUACAAGCACUUCUAAAGAGGCAAGUUCAGUGGCUUUUGAAGAAACAUCGAAUGAUAUCCCGACUGAUACAAAAGAACCCGAUAUUUUCCCCGUAGUGUUACUUCCCCUGACAGCUGACGUGGUAAACACUUUCAUGAUGGAUGUUUUUCCCCACCACACGAAACAAGCAAAGACACAUCUUGACAUGAAUGCAACUGGCGUAGCAGAGGACUGGCUAAAGCGGCUUUGGAAGUACUUGCAAACUUACUCAGAAGAAGUGAGUAACGAUACACCUCCAUUAGAUGAUCUUAAACCAUGGCCAAUUAUACCAACUAAAUCAAAGAAGCUUGUGACUGUGGACAUGGCUAAGACCGUUGUUGAUAUGACGAUUGUUGGGAACGAAAGUGACGCAGCCUUGAAAAUAAUUAAAAGUUUGCAGAAGUUGGAUUGUCCUUGUCUUGAUACGGAUAUUACCUUUCCUGAACCGAAAUCAACGAAUCUGAUUGGCUCGUUUAUUUCGACCGUAUGUGCGACAUUUGGUGCAUCAACUAUCAAAAAAGAACCAUCCCAAGCAGUAACGAAAUCGUAUGUGGCCCAUCCGCACAACGUUCCUGAUAUUUUGAAUGUUUUUGCCUUUAUGGUGGAAGAAGGGAGUCUGCAUUCAGAAGUACUAUCGGAUGAGGAAAUUGCAGCAAUUCUAAAAUUCGCACAGGAUGGCUACGAGAAGCUUGAGGAAAAGAAAAAGUACACUGACAUUUUGAAAAAACUACCUUUCUACAAGGCAAUUAACGGAAAACAUUACAAGUUAUCGGAUUUCUCCGAGUACGCUGUGAUUCCCGCCGAUGUCCCAUCUGACGAAAUUGAGAAGCUACAAAGUUACACACGCUGUCUAUUUUUACACCCAGAUCUGUUGCCAGCGUUUGAAAAAUUACUCACAGGUCUCGAAGCAGGGGCAAAAAGAAGCAAUGCCGACUUCUACAGUACCUUCAUUCUACCUAAUUUCGCAAUAUUUUCCGAUGAAAUGCGACUGACAUUCCUCACUCACAUAAGAGACCAAGUUGUUCCUGGUUUAUUUGACGAGACUGGGGUCAAAGAAGAUUUUUUGAAGAAAAUGAAAGGUACGAGAUGUAUCCCCAAUAAAACUGGUGAAUAUGUUCAUGCUUCGGAGUUCUACGACCCGCGUAGCAAAUUAUUAAAGAUUAUGGAAGAUGAAUCAAGUGAGAAAUUUCCUCCACCUCCUUUCAAUGAAACCAAAUGGCUCGACUUUCUUCAGUUAAUUGGCAUGGUGAGAGUUGUUAGUGAAACGUUAUUCAUGAAUUUUGCAAAUCGUGUAUCUAGAGAUGGAAAUUUAUCACCUACUGAUGAUAUAAAUAGAAAGAGAUCGAGAGCGUUGCUUAGUUUCUUGAUGAAAAAUCAUCAUUUGCAUAAUCCGGGAUUUCUACGUAAUCUUUCAAGUGUGAAGUUCGUUGCUUCGGAGAAAGUAGAAGAUGUUUAUCUUUCCCUGCACAAGCAAUAUUGUUGUCACGAAGGUUCUGAUCAGCCACCAUUUGUUUAUUUUUCAAAUGCCGUUCUGUGGAAAUAUCGUUCUUUGGUAUGGACAAGUGCUAAUCUUCUUCCAGAGUGGAACGCCGAGGUAAUUUGCAAUAAAUAUCCAGAUUGUAAAACAGAAAACCUUCAUGAAUAUCUUGGAGUAAAGUAUCCUACCUUAGAAAUGGUUAUAAAACACACGCAGAAUAUUUCAGGAGUACUUUUUGAACGGUCUAAAAAAGAAGAACUUCUGCCACAAAAUCUUCAAGUUCCAAAAAUAAUGGACUGCAUUUAUAAAUACCUUCAAGUUGCGGCCAAAUGUCCAAAGGAUGAAAUUUGUGAUAGCUGCAGUGACAUGUGUAAAAUGAUUGGAGAUCGCUUAGCGAACUGUCAUUGUAUUCUGGUGGAUGAUGGAAAGGUUGUCGUGAAAGGAGACCAAAUCACAUUUAAGAUUCCAGAAGAGAAAUCCCUUAAACCUUUCAUUUAUCAGGUUCCACGGGAAUACGGUUAUUUGGAACAUUUGCUAAAGCGCCUUGGAGCAACAGAAACUAUAACCCAAUUACAACUUGUGAGCGUUUUUAAGAAGUUAAAAGAUCGAACCAAAGACGUGCUAAACCCAGAGUUUGAAAAGAAAUCACAAAGUGCGAUGUUCCUCUUUUUCAAUUCAGUUUUAGACGAAGCAAAAGAUAGGACCAAACAGUCGUCAAUUGCGCAUGUCCAAGAAUUGUAUUUACCAAGUGUCGACAAAAGAUUGAUCAAGUCAAGUGACCUGCUUUGUAAAAUCCCACCUAAACACAUCAAGACCAUUGAGAAUCUAUCGUAUCAUGCGUUGUGCUUUUUUGAAAUAUGCGGCCUUAAAAGGGAGUUGGAAAGUGAAUAUCUUGAAGCUCUUCCUGCCAAACUACGCCCCCGGCCAUUUACCGACAUCAUCACAGAAAAGUUAGACGAAUCGUGUUUGAAAAUACCCUGUAGGCUUUGUAUUGAGGACGGUGAUUGCCAGUUCAUUACAAACCUUAAAGGAUUGCUUAAAUCAGAAGAGUUCAUGAACGGAAUUGUUCGCUUAUUAAAGCAUCAAAAAAAUUCAAGUGAAUUGUCCCAAGAAUUACAGCAGACGGCAUCAAGAUUUUUAUCAAACAAGGUUGAAGUAAAAUGCAUGGAGACAGUUCUAAUUCAUCUGAUGUUGUCACACACGAAUGAAGUGUUACAUGGAAGCUCCAAGCCUCGCCUGUGCUUUGUCGUUAAACGUUGUGAGGUCUGGACGCUCUACAUUCAACACGACAAAAUAUCAAGUAGUCUAGCCAAGUCCAUUAACAAGAUCCUGGAUUGGAAGAUUAAAGACGAGUUUAUCCAUGCCCUUUCUGACAUGUUAAAUUGCAGCGCACCUUUAGAAAUCUCUGGAGCGCUGAAUAAUCUCGAUAUUAAAGUGGACGCAGGGGUGAGUGAUGAUCUAAAACCUGGCUCUGAAGUCCCAGUCGUAUUUCAUCAGUUGUUGCAGCAGAAUCCUCUGUUUGUAUUCCACAUUGGGGAACUUGUGGCAUAUGGCGUCCAGUUAGAAAAUGAAGAUGUUCAAGACACGUGUUUUAAAAUGAAAUACGUUCUUGCGGAAGUUAUCAGACGUGUACCAUCAUCAGGUUCUGUUGAAGGAAGAUACGAUUUCGAGGCUAGAUAUUUGAUCGACAUCGGAAAUGAGAAGAGAGAAGUGAGCGUUCUUGAUUUGUACAAAUUUUACGAAUAUCUCGAUGAAAAUUCUUGCAAAGAUUUGGUCCCAUUCGAAGGCGACUCGAAUGCAAAACCUGAGAGUUAUGACGCCGCAAAGAGGGAAAUUUUGGAAGCACUAAAAGCUGCAUGGCGCUUAACCCCAGAUUUACGUCGCAAAGCAAUCCGGCGGCUUUACUUGCGUUGGCAUCCGGAUAAGAAUCCAAACAACGUGGAAUUUGCAACAAAAAUGAUGACAUUUCUACUUGAACAAAUUCAGCGUAUGAAAGAGGAGGAGGAACGCCUCUCUCAACGGCCGGAUGACUUCGACUACAAUAACAUUUUUCAACAAUGCGACCGGCAGGCGUCGCGAGACAAUGCAUCGUACACCAACUUUAGGCAAAAUUCAGGCGACGGAUCCUCCACACACAGAUUUUCUGGCUCAGGAGGUAGAUUUACAUGCGACCCUGCUAUGUUCGCCCAUGCCUCAACGUAUACUGUUCCAAGUCCGAGAGAAGCGAGACGGUGGAUUGAGCAAGCAGAAGGUGAUCUCAGUGUGUGUCAGUUUUUAGUACAAAAACCAUUUGAUGCCAUGGCUUGUUUUAUGAGUCAGCAAAUUGUCGAGAAGAGUCUGAAAGCCGCAUUGUAUGCUGAAUGUGGUCUGACCAAUAACCAGCUUCAUACGCAUGACGUCUACAGCCUUGCACGUGAUCUUAAUAACCUCCCACGAUGGAAGAAGGAAGAAGUAUUAAAUUUAACAUUAAAUGUUGCUAAUUAUUACCUCCCAACCCGUUACCCCAAUCAGCUAUCGUACCCAAAUGUACCUCACAACGCCUUUGGUGGUCAAUCAGGUGAUGCAUACGCAUCUGCUGCUGAACUAUUACGACUCGUGAAGGAAUUCAUAAGGCCUAAAAUAUAACGUCGCUAUAGCACAGAACCUUGGGGAAAUGACAUAGAUGAAUGUGAACAAAUAUCUCGAUAAUAUUAAUAUUUGUUUAGAAUGUAGAAAACAUAGAGAAUGCAUCUCGUAUCUAUAUAUUGGUCGUUACUACCUUAACACGUUAAAAAUAGUGAACAUUUUUUGUCUACUGUUUCCAUGCUGUACACCUAUUACAUGGUUUGGUGAUAAAACCUCCGUUUAAAAGUUACAACAAUCAAUAGUAUUUAAUUGCAUGACUAACGGUAAAUAUAUGAAUAGAAUAUCGUAUUAGCUAUAGUCGUCUUCGAUCAGUUAGUUGAUGCACGAUCAGAUCUUAUAACGUGUUUGCAAAAAUUGGUUAGAUCAAGUGACUGCCUUUUAUUGGAUACGAAAUGUCUUCAAACCGCUACUGACUAAGCUUAAUUAGGCUGAUGAAAAUGUUUGAUAUUAAUAGUUUUUUAUAUUUAGGAUUUUGUUUAUUUGAUCGAUUAUUACUGAUCAUUCUUAACUUUAAAUGUAAUUGACUUUUUGAGCUGUUAGAAAAACCAUUUGUUAACUUACUUUACAUUUUAUAUUUAGUUACAUGAUUUGACCAUUUUAUAUAACUUUUGAAAUAAUUUAGGUAAA